AUGUCAGAAACCAUAGUUGAUCCGAAAGAAGCUUACGAGCUUAUUGUGCAAAAUUUGCAAGAGGUGUUCAAUCCGCAGAUAAUUAAGGAUGUUUUGGAAGUGCAGAAACGGCCUUUGAAGUUGUAUUGGGGUACUGCGCCGACAGGUAAGCCACAUUGUGGAUAUUUUGUUCCGAUGACGAAGUUGGCGCAUUUCUUGAAGGCAGGAUGUGAGGUUACUGUGUUGUUGGCUGACUUACACGCAUUUCUGGACAAUAUGAAGGCCUCUUUGGAGGUUGUCAACUACAGAGCGAAGUACUAUGAAUAUGUGGUGAAGGCUAUUUUGCGGAGCAUUAAUGUCCCUAUUGAGAAGCUGAAGUUUGUUGUGGGUUCUUCAUACCAGACGUCGCAUAACUAUGCGAUGGACCUUUUCCGGAUGUCCAAUGUGGUGUCGCAGAACGAUGCCAAGAGAGCUGGUGCUGAUGUUGUCAAGCAAGUUGCCAAUCCGCUGUUAAGUGGGUUGAUCUAUCCAUUGAUGCAGGCUUUGGACGAGGAAUACUUGGAUGUUGAUGCACAGUUUGGUGGUCUUGACCAAAGGAAAAUCUUCGUGUUAGCUGAAGAAAACUUGCAAAGUCUCGGCUACCGGAAGAGGGCGCAUUUGAUGAAUCCGAUGGUUCCGGGCUUGACUUCGGGCGGGAAGAUGUCUGCUUCGGAUCCUAACUCUAAAAUCGACGUUUUAGAGGAGCCCAAACAAGUGAAAAAGAAGAUUAACACUGCAUACUGCUCUCCAGGAGAUGUGGAUGAUAAUGGGUUAUUAUCUUUUGUAAAAUAUGUCCUGGAACCAAUUCAAGAGUUGAAGAAAGGUGUUGGCUCUUUUGAAUUCUUCGUUGCUCGUCCAGAAAAGUUUGGUGGGCCAAUCACGUACACCUCAUUUAACGACUUAAAGCAAGACUUUAAAGAUCAAAAAUUGGCACCCCCAGACCUGAAGACCGGUGUUUCUGAUGGUAUUAUUGAGUUACUUGCUCCAAUAAGAGAGGAGUUUUUAAAUUCUCCUGAUUUUCAGGAAGCUGCCUUAAAAGGUUAUCCAGUCGCCGAACAAAAACAGAAGAAGCCAAAAAAGCCAAAGAAUAAAGGCACUCAAUACCCUGGUAUUCAGAACUCAAAAUUAGAUGAGCCAAUUGAACCGGUUUUGUCUGGUAAAUUAAAAAAUACGAAUUUAGAAGAUGGCAAGUAG